AUGUCCAAGAGUCUCACUGGACGCAAUGCCAUUGUCACGGGCGGCUCGCGAGGCAUCGGCAAAGGUAUAGCGUUAGAGCUUGCCAAACGCGGCGCCAACGUCCUCAUCACAUACGAGAAACUCGGAACAAAAGCAAUCGCUCUCCAAGCAAGCUCUCAAAACAUCGAAUCACCCCGCAAGAUCGUGGCGGCCCUCGUCGAAGCAUGGGGCAAAGUUCACAUCAUAAUCAACAACGCCGGGAUCGGCGACGACAUUUUCCUCGACAACUUGACCGAGUCUGACUUCGAUCGCCACAUGACCAUCAAUGUCCGCAUGCCCACGUUCCUUGUCAAGGCGGCGAUGCCUUUCUUCGGCGACGCUCCCCGUAUCGUCAACCUGUCCAGUGUCAUGGCGCGUGUGGGGAGCGCGCAGGCGACUGCCUACACUGCUUCCAAGGCAGCUUUGGAGGGAGUCACUAAAGUGCUCGCCGUUGAGCUGGGCCAUAAGUAUGGUGCUACGGUGAACUGCGUGAAUCCCGGUCCGGUGGAUACCGAUAUGUGGCAGCAGACAGACAAGGCGGUGCGCGAUGAAUGGAAAGCGAAGAAGGCUGUGGAAACUCCUGCAGCACCGCGGAUUGGCACGGUGGAGGAUAUUGCGCUUAUUGUUGCCUUUUUAAGUGAGGAGCAGAGCAGGUGGACGACUGGUAGCACGCAUUGA